AUGGACAAGGCCCGCGAGGCGCCCACGGGCAAAGCAGGGGCAGCGCAGUGGGAAGAGAAGUCCAUCGCCCCCUGGAGCCUGGGAGUCCCCGACAGGGACAGAAUCCCAGGAGACACUGACAGGGACCCAGAGGCGGAUUUGGUGGCAGACGUGGCAGCGGAGGAAGAGGAGCCCCUGUGUCAGGACCGCUUAGAUUUAGCAGCAGUGGGAAGGGACGACUCAUGGCUUCUUCGCCCUGAAGCCAGAAAACAGAAAAUAGAUUCCAAAGGUAGGAAAGCAAAGAAGCAGAAGGUGGAGGAAGACGACAGUAAGAAGAUGCAAACCCUCUUUUCUGCCUAUUCUGAGGCGCGGCUGCAACGUUACGAAAUGUAUCGCCGGUCAGCCUUCCCUCGCGGGGCCCUGGAAAGGCUGAUGGAGUCCAUCACCGGCUCGUCGGUGUCUGAAAACGUCCUCAUCGCCAUGGCCGGGAUUUCCAAGGUCUUCGUCGGGGAGGUGGUAGAAGCAAUCCUGGACGUGUGUGAGCAGCGGGGAGAGAGGCCGCCCCUCCAACCCAAGCAUUUGAGGGAGGCUGUUCGGAGGUUAACAUCCAAAGGGAAAAUCCCCAAAUCGAAGCACCGGAGAAUCUUCUAG